UGGGUGGCAUUAUCGAGUUAGCUCAGUUGAGUGCUGGCUUUGUAGCCGAAAGGUAUGGCCAAAAUGUUUAGUCGCUUUCUAAUCUCGUUUGUGCUGCUGGCCCCCACUGUUUUGGCCUACUUCGAGGGCUGUGAUAACACCUACAACCUGAGCCCGGGAACCACCUACGUGGAGUCGCCCUACUAUCCCAAUAAUUAUCCUGGCGGAACAUCCUGUCGGUACAAAUUCAACGCCCCCGUGGAUUACAACAUUCAAGUGCAAUGCACUAUAGCACUGCCUUCGAACAGUGGCUCAUGCACCACGGAUAACUUUUGGAUGGACACAGAAGGCGAUCUUCUGAUGCGCGGUGCUGAAAAUUUCUGUGGCUCUGGAUCCUUCUCUCGUGAGUCCCUCUUCACGGAAUUGGUUUUCGCCUACAUCUCCACCGGCACAAGUGGGGGAAACUUUAAGUGCACCUUGACCACCACCAAACAGAACUGCAACUGCGGCUGGUCGGCCACUUCGCGGAUUGCCAAUGGUCAGCAGGCGGCGGCCAACGAAUUUCCCAGCAUGGUGGCCCUCAAGGAUGUGACCAAGAAUCAAGCAUCCUUCUGCGGAGGAACCAUAGUGGCCCAUCGUUAUAUCGUGACUGCUGCCCAUUGUAUUUAUCAGGUGACAAAAGCUACCGAUAUUGUUGCUAUUGUUGGAAUCAAUGAUCUGAAAAAUCCUGCCAAUUCCAGGUACUACAGGCAAUACAGUAUACAAGAUAUGAUACCCCAUGAACUUUAUGUUUCUGAACCCAAUGUGAACAACGAUAUUGCGGUUUUGGUAACCGCCACCAAUAUUCUCUGGUCCCGCGGUGUAGGUCCCAUCUGUUUGCCGCCUGUUGGAACGACCUCUGCGUUCACCUAUGAAACCGUCGAUGUGAUCGGCUAUGGAACGAUCUUCUUUGCCGGACCCACAUCGUCAAGUCUGCAGAAGAUCAAUUUAAUUGUGGUCAGCAAUCAGGAGUGCCAAACCGAAUACAAAGAAGCCACCAUAUACACUGGCGAAAUGUGCACCUACGAUUAUUCGGGCACGGGACGCGACUCCUGCCAGUUCGAUUCCGGUGGCCCAGUCAUUUUGCGCAAAUCCAAGCAGUUUUUGGUCGGAGUAAUUAGUUUUGGCAAGAGCUGUGCUGGAACUCAAUAUCCAAUGGGUGUUAAUGCGAGGAUAACAUCGUAUAUAAGUUGGAUACGCCAAAAGAUUGGAAAUUCAAACUGUGUGGUCAGCAUGUAAUUGAAUAAAACGUAUGGAACGCAUGUAAUUAAAUAAAACGUAUUUGGAAAACCUAA